AUGUCUCCUUAUGAAUACUUGUUUAAGUAUAUAAUAAUUGGUGAUACAGGGGUCGGAAAAAGCUGUCUAUUGCUACAAUUUACAGAUAAAAGAUUUAGAGCUGAUCAUGAUUUAACAAUUGGUGUAGAAUUUGGGGCACGAUUAAUAAACCUAGACAAUAAACAAAUCAAGCUUCAAAUAUGGGAUACUGCUGGUCAGGAAUCCUUUAGAUCUAUAACGAGAUCAUACUAUCGUGGAGCCGCGGGAGCUUUAUUAGUUUAUGAUAUAACUAGAAGAGAAACAUUUAACCAUUUAAAUAGAUGGUUAGAUGAAGUUCGCCAAAAUUCAAACCCACACAUGGCUAUAAUUUUAGUAGGAAAUAAAUGUGAUUUAGAAAGAAGAGAAGUUUCAGCUGAAGAAGGUGCCCAAUUUGCAAGACAAAAUGGAUUGAUAUUUUUAGAAACUUCAGCAAAAACAGCAAAAAAUGUUGAAGAGGCAUUUUUAUAUACAGCAAGAAAAAUAUACGACAAUAUCUUAAAUGAUGUUUAUGACUUAAGUAACGAGUCUUACGGAAUUAAAUACGGACCAAGCAGUCAAUAUUCAAGGGUGAAAUUAGAUAUGCCAAUGAUAUCUGAAUCGCGAGCAUCUUUCGGUUGUUGUUAA